AUGACUACAACACACCUGCCAGAUACUUUGAUGCUGGAUCAGCAGACAAUACAAACGGCAACUGUGCCAGCAACACCAGUUCCUUAUGUUUCACCAGGGCCGUACUUGGUGGAAUAUCCAAAGGAGUAUCACUUCAUUAUAAAUGAGCCACAGAAAUGUGAGGAACACAAGCCUUUUGUGGUUCUGGUUGUUCCUGUGGCGCCACACAACAGGGCUCAUCGUGACAUCGUCCGCAGCACAUGGGGAGCUGAAAGUCUGGUACUGGGCAAAGUAGUGAAGCUGUUUUUCCUGUUGGGGUUGCACACUGGAGAAGGAGUAGAGCAGCUCCAAGAGCAGCUGCUACAGGAAAGCAAAGAUCAUCAAGACCUGGUCCAGAGCAACUUUGUGGACUGUUACAAGAACCUGACUAUCAAGACCAUGGUGAUGCUGGAGUGGGUGGACUCCUACUGCCCCAAUGCCUCUUAUGUUAUGAAGAUUGAUUCAGACAUGUUU